CCGGCGGUUCACCUCACAGCCUCCGUACUUCCAGAAUGUAGAUGUGCUUCUGUGAACAUUGGAACGGGCGACUUCCUGUUUUCCUGCAGAUGUGAAAGAUGACCUCCCAAAGCUAAACUGGAGUUGUGACUGAAGACAAACAGACAUUCUUCAUGUUGUGCUGUGUGCUGCAGCCUCUCCAGUGUUAUGAACGACUACGAGGUUCUCUGGCAGAUUGGAGAGGGAGCGUUUGGGAAAGCCUUCCUGGUCCGGAGCAAGACGGGAGGCGGAGACACGCAGUGUGUGAUCAAACAGAUCAACCUCCAGAAGAUGUCAGCGAAGGAGAGAGAAUCGUCCAGGAAGGAGGUGACGCUGCUGUCCAGGAUGAGACACCCGAACAUCGUCUCCUUCAUCUCAUCCUUUCUGGAAAAGGGAAGCCUCUUCAUCGUGAUGGAGUUCUGUGAUGGAGGAGACCUCCUGAAGAAGAUCAACAUGCAGAGAGGAGUUCCCUUCAGGGAGGAGGAGAUCCUGGACUUGUUUGUUCAGAUCUGCCUGGGUCUCAAACACAUCCACGACAAGAAGGUUCUCCACCGAGACAUCAAGUGUCAGAAUAUCUUCCUCACCAACGGGGGGAUGAAAGCAAAGCUGGGCGACUUUGGCAUCGCGAGAAUGUUGAAUAAUUCCAUGGAUCUGGCCAGAACCUGUGUCGGGACUCCGUACUACCUCUCCCCGGAGAUCUGCGAGAGCCGACCUUACAACAACAAGACGGACGUCUGGUCUCUGGGCUGCGUCCUGUAUGAACUCUGCACCCUGAGGCAUCCUUUUGAGGGCAGCAGCCUGCGCCAGCUGCUGGGUAAGAUCUGCAGGGGCCGCUACGCCCCGGUCCCCACCCGCUACACCCACGAGCUCCGCCUCCUGGUCAACCAACUCUUCAAGGUCAACCCCCGCGACCGUCCGUCCAUCAGCUCGGUCCUCCAGAGGCCGUUCCUGCAGAAACACAUCAGCAAACACCACCAGGCCUCACACGACCACGCCGUCACACAUCGCACAGAAACAGCCGCCAGGGCAAAAGCUGCUGGAGGGGGAACAGCUGACCCUGCAGAAAAAGAUAUGAGUUCUGCAGUUGCUGAGAAACCCGGUAAGCCGGGUCAGAGAGCUCACAGAAGCAAGGCUCCUGUCCCACACAGGAAUCCAAAUCAAAGAUCAAAUCUGCCAACUGCGCAGAGAAAGGCUGCAGGGAAUCAAAGGCACUUUGGUCCACAGCUGAUCAGCCAGUACCAUCAGUACCAUGUGCAGUUAGAUGCUUUUCAGAGGAGGAACACGGAUGGCACGCCUGCACCUCCUCCUCCUCCUCCUCCUCCUCUUCCUCAGGAGAAAGUGAUGGAUGUGGUGCUGCAGCAUGAGGAGCAACCUGCUCGUCCUGCAGAGCCAUACCAACGUGUGGCUGCAGCUCGUGAAGAAUACCUCCAGAGGAGGCAGGAGGCCAACCUGUACAAGCUGAGAGCAGAGAAACAGCUGGGUCUGCGUCCGUGCACGGCUGAGCGCGGCAGGAAGCCUGGAGGUCAGGAGGAGGAGGAAGUGGGCGGAGCUGAACAGCAGCACAAGCUUCAGGACAGAAGACAGGAAGGACAGCAGGAAUACCUGCGUCAGCUGGAGCUCAUCAGGCAGGAGUACCACCGAGACGUGAGGCUGAUGAGGCAGAGACCUGCAGCACAGCUCCAACGUGGAACCUUUGUGGUGGAGAAACCUGGACACCCAGAAGCGUCUGUAGUGCCGGAUGUUGAAGCAGCUCUGCAGCAGAUCAGAGAGGACAGCAGCGACCAGAGAAGACCCCAGCUCAAGAGAGGAAUCACGUUUGAAGUUUGCUUAAACGAGGAAGAGCAGAAAGGAGAGGAGGUUUCAGAGGAGAGAGGACCCACAGAGGAGGACGGGAAGAGGAUGGACCUGGAGGAGUGGUUUCGGGUCAGAAGAGGGUGGAGCAUGAGGUGUCCUCAGACGGCGCUGGACGCCCUCGCCGACAUGGACGUCAACUCGGCGUCCCACACGGCCGCUGGAGCAGCAGAAGCUCUCACAGAGGAGGGGGCUGCAGGUCGCAGGCGGUGGGUGGACACCCCCCCAAAAUCCCUGCUGGAUGCUCUGGGUCAGGCUGAACUGACAUCAUCCACUCUGGACUCACCGGCUGCAGACCUGGAGUCAGAGGACAUCACCAGAGAGGAGAACGAGGGAAAAAAGCCGGAUGGGGAAGAGGAGGAAGACUCUGAUGUGGAGUUGGAUGCAGAGCGUCUGGAGCCGCGGUCCGAUGACGAUGACACGAACUUUGAGGAAUCCGAGGACGAGCUGAAGGAGGAGGUGGCAGACUCCAUGAGGAACCUGUUCGUCAUGGAGGACUCCGGCUCCGAGGAGCACGGAGAAGCCCAGAGCUGCAACGGAUCCUCAGCAGGUCCAGCCGUGUGACGGAGGAACCGAAGGGCGGCGGCAUCCGUCCGGCUCACAGAAAAGCUGCUGCACACGAACAGCAUCAGGCCUGCCGACCAUGAACCAACACUAAUGUCCCUUCUAACAAAAAACCCAAGAGUUUCUGAAAGCUUCAGGUCUGUUGGUCUGAGGUUAGAAAAAAAGCAAAGGAACCAGAGAAUUACGAGCAGAACAGCAAGAGAAACCCCUGGAAGGAAUGACUGUUUAUGGACAAGAAGUUUGUUUCUCUAAACUGCCUCCUGUGUUCAGCUAAAGGAAAAGACUCUCACGUGUUUCUAUGCAGACAAAAUGUCUUGGUUUAGAUUUCCCUGAUGUGAGCAGAUCAUGUAGAAUUUCAGGUCAGACUUUUCUUUUAGUGCUUUAAACAUAUUAUUGGAGUAUUUUCUCAUGAUGGACGACAUCUAGAACAGAAUUUAAGAAAGUUGCAUUUCUGAGUGAGUAUUUCUUUAUUCAAAUCAGGAGCAGACAAAAAAAAUGCUGUUUGAAAAAUGUAUUAUGAAAAAGAGGGGCGGGGCCA